AUGGGAGUGGACUCGGACAUCGAGCGGGCGCUACGGCGGAACCCGCGCCUCCUCAGUGUCCGGCGGGCCCCUCUAUGCAGGGCUCAGAACCAUGGUGGGCAGCUCUCUGCUCCACGAGACAGCAAGGCCAUGUUGGAGAGGAAACAGUUCUGCCAGUGGCGCUGUAAGUGCAGGGUUAAGCCCCAGUGUGCCCCUGGGGUCAGCUCUGUGCUGGACGGCUGCGGCUGCUGUAAGAGCUGUGCCCAGCAGAUCAGAGAGGCCUGCAAUGAGAGGGACAUAUGCGACCCCCACAAGGGCAUGUACUGCAUUUUCUCUAAAGCCCAGCCGCGAUAUGAGGCCGGAGUCUGCGCUUACUUGAUGGCAGUGGGCUGUGACUUGAACGGGGUCCACUAUGAGAACGGCGAGGCCUUCCAGCCCAGAUCACUGUAUAAGUGCACAUGCACUGCGGGAGCCAUCGGCUGCACCCUGGCCUUCGUACAGAAGCCUGCUGUUCUCCUGGGUCCUGCCCCUCUGAGGAGCAACACGCGCCUGCCAGCCGUCCUCCAGAGCGCCCCCGGUGCUUCUAGGAAGCACCAGCAGGAUACGACCUACAUGGCCGCCAUGCCAGCUUACAGGGAUCCUCCUUUAGUCUGGAAGAAGAACUGCCUGAUCCAGACCACUCCAUGGAGUCCCUGCUCCAAGACCUGCGGCCUGGGAAUCUCAGUCCGGGUCAACAACAACAACGGCAAGUGUGAGAUGAGGAAGGACCGCCGCCUCUGCCUGCUGCGGCCGUGUGAGAAGAGCAUCAUGAAGAACGUCAAGAUGCGGAGAGGAAAGAUGUGUAAGUCCAAGUUCCAAGCUGAGAAGCUGACCCUGUCUGGGUGUACCAGCACCAAGAGUUUCAAACCCACUUACUGCGGCAUCUGCACCGACAAGCGCUGCAACGUCCCCAACAAAUCCAAAAUGGUGGCCGUCAACUUCAAGUGCAACGGCGGCUCCAACGUGCGCUGGAAGAUGCAGUGGAUAACGUCCUGCGUGUGCCAGAGUAUGUGCGACGACCCUGGGGACAUGUUCGCAGAGCUACGCUUCCUCUAG